AUGCUGCGCCAAAUCUGCCGUGGUCGUGGACUCGCUUCGCGUACUCAUAUCUCUGCUUCAGCGAAUAAAUUCUCCUUACUAUAUAGUCGGUAUAUUAGCUGUACGUCUUGGCUACCAUCCGUUGCAGGUUCGACGUCUGAUGGUGCUGUAUCUGCCGAGAACGAGUCGAUUAAAGUGACUCCAAUGGUGGCGCAGUAUUUGGCUCGCAAGAAAGAGUAUCCAGACUGCAUGCUUCUGUUCCAAGUAGGAGACUUUUACGAGUUUUUCGGGGAUGAUGCAAGACAAGCAGCUCAUCUGCUGAACUUGGCACUAACGAGAAAGACCAAGAAGGCGCAACACGUGCUAAGUGAAAUGUGCGGAUUUCCGAUUGGAUCCGUGGAUACGUUCGUGGAAAAGCUGGUCAUGCAUCAUGGCGUGAAAGUAGCCAUUUGCAAUCAAGUCGAGAGUGCAUCAAGUGCGAGAAAGAAAGGGUACAACUCUCUUGUAGACCGUCAAGUUGUACGGAUUGUCACGCCUGGGUCACUGGUGGAGGAUACGAUGCUCACACCAAAGGAGAACAACUAUCUCGCCUCUCUCUUUUUUGAUAGAGGCACGUGGGGCCUUGCUUGGGCUGACCUAUCUACGGGUGAGUUCGUGUCAACCACGUCUACGAGCGACAAGCUUUCCAGCGCAAUUUUGCGGUGCUCACCAAAAGAAGUUUUGCUGCCAAGUUCAUUGAUUGAAAAUGGAUGCGAGGAGACUAAGUCGCUGCAGGUAAAUAUGCCUCAGGAGGCCGUUACCAUACUGGAGACAGUGCUUCCUGACACUUGCAUGAAAACAUUUCGGCCUGCUGCAAGUUUUAUCCCGCAAAAAGUGAGUAGCGGGUGUCAAACCUGUAGCGUUGCCAUCAAGACACUUGCUUUAUCUGAACAGGCAGCGAUCUCAGCAAUAUUGGAUUACGUGGACUUUACCCACCGUGGAUCACGUGCAUUGAUCCGGUUACCUCUUCAUGUUGAAUCUUCUGACCACAUGAUUAUCGACAUGAGCGCCUGGAGAGGACUUGAGCUUGCAAAGUCGCUUAGUGGUUCAAAAGCAUCGAGUUUACUUCAGGCUAUUGACUCUACUAUAACGCCUGGUGGAUCACGGCUUCUUGCGGCUCAUUUAGCAUCACCGCUAAUGAACCUUGAGAUUCUCGAGCGUCGAUUGAAUGCGGUUUCUUAUUUCUAUGAACAGGAACGUUUACUUCAACGCAUGCGAAAACAACUAGCAGAAGUCUUUGACAUGGAACGAAACAUUCAGCGACUAUCAAUUGGUGUCGGCACCCCAAAAGAUCUGAAGAAUGUGGCGUCUACCAUCGAUGAAGCCAUAAAAUUGAUUGAUCUUGUAAAGGCUAACGAGCGCCUUAGGCAUAGCCGUCUUCCAGAUCUGCCUGGAAAAGAGCUCUUGGGCUUACCAGAAUUACUGGAAGAAUGUUGCAAUGACCUUACUGCAAAUGAACAGCAGGGCGAGAACAUUAAAAGGGCAUCAGAAGAAAUUCAUAGAGCACUUAAAGACGACUACGCAUCACUCAACUCCAAAACUGGAUUUGUUCGCGUUGGAUACUCCCCAAAGCUCGACAAGUGGCAAGCUAUUCUGCAGCAUGAUCCUAGAGCCUCUGAAAAGCAGGGGCUACAGGCCAAAUACCGCGAAUUAGUAGGAUCCACGCGACUUCGUGUUGUUUUCCAGACAGAAAAAGGUUAUUUUCUCGAUAUACCGCAUGAUGAAAAUGCCAAACUGCUGAAAACGGAUCGUGGACGACGAGAGCUAGAGAAGCUAACGUUAUUUCAAUCUUUGAAAAACUCAGUGCGGUAUCGCAGUGAAGAGUUGCAACUGCUAAAUCACGAACUUGCAGAAGCCGCAGUGGAGGUAGAGCGCGUGGAGAACAACAUCUUUGCAUCAUUGCGUGACCAAGUUUUGAUCGUGCGAAAUGAAUUGCAAUCCAUGGCUCAUGCCAUUUCCCAAAUAGAUGUUGUCUGUUCUCAUGCUCAAGUGGCUCUCGACCGCAACUUUACCCGACCACUACUGGAUGGUAGUUGCGAAUUGCAUGUUAAAGAUGGUCGACACGCUGUGGUCGAAGCUGCGCACCUUCGAGGUUCCAACUCUCGUGGUGUGCGGUCUUUCGUGCCCAAUAGUCUGCAUCUAGCAGAAGCCCCAGUCGGAUCGUGCUGGUUGCUUACAGGCCCUAAUAUGGGUGGAAAGAGCACCUUUCUACGGCAAAAUGCGCAUCUUGUGAUCCUGGCGCAAAUAGGGAGCUUUGUCCCGGCAAAAUUUGCUCGUGUCGGACUUGUGGACAAGCUUUUUUGUCGAGUUGGAUCAGCCGAUGAUGUAGCGGCUGACAAAAGUACUUUUAUGGUAGAAAUGCAAGAGACGUCGACAAUUUUGACGCAAGCAACGAGUCGGUCGUUGGUUUUAAUGGAUGAAGUGGGUCGUGGAACUGCUGUGAACGAUGGCAUUGCAAUUGCUGGUGCUGUUCUUGAAGCAUUAUGUGCAAGACAGACCCGUACCCUGUUUGCCACACAUUUUACUGCAUUGAUUGACUUGGUCGGAGAGACGUGUAAGAAUGAGCUUCGACCCUAUCGAAUGGAGGUUCUUGAGCAUCAAAUGGAAGGGCAAGCCAUACAUCUCGUGUUUUCACACCGUGUGGUCAAAGGCCUUGCUUUCCAAUCGUAUGGUAUCAAUACUGCAGCUCUCGCUGGCUGCCCACCUUCAGUGAUUUCGCGUGCGACGGAACUAUUGGAUAAACUGACAGCUUCUAGCGGAUAA